UGCAUGAAUAACAGGACGAUUGCGUUUUCAGUGGCUAAAUAUUUAGUUUAUACUCUUUUAUUUUGCAAUUUUGACUUUGCACUUUGCAAGUGUGGAUUGAAUAAUACAGAUUUUAUUCAUGAAAUUUAAAUUGGGUUGCUAGCUUGUUUAGCUAAACUAUAGGUGACUCCCAGGUGUACCUAUAGUACUGUCCAUGCAGUUCAAGUUCAGUUACAGUAAGCUAACGUUACGUAUUUAUAACGUGUAACUUUUCCCGUUAGAUAACAAAAUGUCACAAGAAGGGCUUUUUCUGGACUCGACAGCGGCAGGACAAUUAAAGGGCGACGUCAAGGAGAAAAAGAGCAGAAGUCGCGCAGGUCUCAUAGUCACGGGCAUGCUGGGAGGGUCGCUGGUCGCCCUGUACGCGGUGGCUGCUCCGUUUAUCGCCCCUGCCCUCAGAAAAGUCUGCCUCCCGUUUGUCCCGGCGACCACGGCUCAGGUGGAGAAUGUCUUCGGGGUGCUGCGAGCCAGAUCAGGGACCCUGGUGGACAUUGGCAGUGGAGAUGGAAGGAUAGUGAUUGCAGCGGCCAAGCAUGGGUUUCAAGCGUCAGGCUUUGAGCUGAACCCCUGGCUGGUGUGGUAUUCUCGCUACAAGGCCCUGAGAGAGGGAGUCCACCGAUCCACCUCCUUCCACAUCUCAGAUUUAUGGAAGGUCAGUUUUGCUCAGUACUCCAAUGUUGUCAUAUUUGGAGUCCCUCAAAUGAUGGACCAGCUUGAGCUAAAGCUGGCAAGGGAGUUGCCGAAUACAGCCAAGGUGGUGGCUUGCCGCUUUCCCUUCCCUUCUUGGGUCCCUGAACAUACCGCCGGGGAGGGCAUAGACACUGUUUGGGUGUACGACGCCAAGACAUUUAAAUCACACCUGCAGCAUGGAAUGACAAGGAAGGAGACUCCGGGACAUGAGGACAAACAAGAUUCACAUACAUAAAUGGCAACAUCAACAUCUUUUUGCUAAUCUGCCAUCACACGUUGGAACUCUUGUGGUGUUUUCCUUUUUUUUUUUUUUUAAACCCAUGCAUUUUCUACACUAGGGUGGAACUGAAAUGGCUGGGGAAGACUGUUUAAAAAAUGUGCUAAAAAGUGUUAAAUCCUCACACAUCAAUGUUCAGGUGUGAGAUUGAACCAAAUUGUGAUAAGAAACUGAUUGAAACUGGCCUUGAUGAGUGAUUACACUCCAGUCAUCACAGGGUAAUCAGCCCUAUCAUGUCUGCAUUCCUGCAUACUCACGCCUAAAGCAUGUGAAUGAUCAGCCAGGCAUUUCCAUGUUUGGUACAUGUGUGUUGCUCAAAACCAGACCAGGGAUUAAAGGGAACACAAAUGGUAACUUUAAUGACUUGAGAAAAUAGAAAGAAGUGGUGCUUGCCAUGAAAGAUUGCUUAAGAUGAUUAUUUAUAAAAAAGUUGAAAAGUUUAUUAUAUCCAGAAAGAAAAUAGGUGUUGCCAAAUGGCUGGCAAAUGUAG